AUGAAACUAAAAAGACAGGUGAUAUUUUCCAAGGAAAGGAAAUUCUCACAGGGGGGUUGUUGCCGCUUCAUCCUCACCAAUAGAGAGUUACAAAGUAAGCUGAAGAAUAACAAUCACCUCGUUAGGUUAGUAAAAAAUGUAAUUCCAAGUGAGCAAAGCGAAAAAGGCAUGAACCACGAGGAUGAGGGAAAGAUAAUCCAUUUGGGAUUUUCCUACCUUUACAAAAAUGUAACCGUUAACAAUGUGAGGGUAAGGAAAGCUAUGUGGUAUGAAGCGCAUGGUAAAUAUAAUGAUAAUUUGCUCUCCAAUUUGAGCAACGAAAAUUCCGUCGAUUUAUACCAUGAAGUUUCCUUUAGCCACCAUGACAAUUCUAGAAAAAGAAACAAAUAUGAAAGCAGAGGUAAUAUAAAGGAGGUCUAUUCCUAUGUGAUAAAUUCUAUAAACAAGUUGACCCCGCAACAAGUCCUCCUAAUUCUACACAGUUUCAUCAUACACGGAGUCCAGGUAGAUCAUUUAAUAAAAAUAAACGAACAUGUGAUAAAUAACAUUUAUAAUUUCAAGACGAGUGAGCUGAUUUUAAUUCACCUAUUUUAUAUCUACUUUGAGGGAAUUAACAAAAACGGGGUAGCUGUCGAAGCGCCCCUGGUGGCAGGGCAUCGAAGAGACUCUUCCACAUACCCUGAUCCUGGCACGUAUUGCGAUGGUGCGACUUGGGUUGAACCCCCUUUUGGAAAAGACGAAAAUUAUUACCACCAAGAUGGUGCUGAUAGUGAGUGUUCCUCCUCCCUCUACAUGAGCAGCCAGGUGGACCAUAAAAUUCGCCCCUUGGCAAAAGAACUUAUAAGAUACACCUCCCAUUUGUUCUACAAGAGAAGAGAACAUUUGCUCGUAAACCAGAUUGAGGAAAUAUUAUUCAUAUGGAGCAAGUACAAUUUGUACCACAAGGAAUUAUUUGAUCACUGCGUUAGAGUGGUCGAAAAGUACAUGCAUUCCUUAAACGUGAAUAACAUGGAGAUGGUUCUAAAGGGGGAGUCUCAUCCUCUUGUUAAAAUUAGGAAGGAGUCAGUUCAUAACUUGAACAAUUUUGAUCUCAUCAUCAAAUGUUUUUAUCAUCUUUCUGGGAUUAGGGAAGUAGUUUUGUUGAAAGAGACCCGCUUCAAGUACUUCUCCCAGUUUGCACUUUUCCUACGGAAUAAUUCUGCCAUACUGACCCACCUACCCCUUUGCAAGUUGUUCAUGCUUUUGAAAGUGAGUGAACACACCGAUGCAAAUUGCCAAGUGGAAAAGGGAAACCAUCUAAAAUGGCACCUUUUAAGCCUUAUCGAGGAUAGGUUAAAGCGAACGAACCAGGAUUACCACUACAAAAGGAAAACCUACCCAGAGGAAGAGUCAAAAAAUUUAUCAAAAUAUGUACAGGUGUUAGACGUCGUGGGUACAUACUAUUUGGAUGUGUAUAAUUCCUAUAACGACAACACUGGAGUGAAGCAACCACCUACCUCUCGAGUUGCCAAUCAACUUUACGAGAAAGCUCAAAAUGUAGGUAAGAGGAACGGGGAGGCACCCGCAGAUGCAUCAUUCACAAAUGUAAACAACACAAGUAAGGCGGUCGCUGAACGAAAUAAUUGCGCACAUGACGUUGGAAGGGGCAAAACAGGUGUGUUAAAUUGCCCCCCAAAAUUAACAUUCCUGAGAAAUAUUAAUGAGUACAUUACGGUGGAAAGUGAAUCCUGUAAAAAGUACCUCCCUAUCCUUCUUUCCAUUUUGAAAGAACAAAAACAAUUCCAACACAUGCUCCUUUACUUUAUUAAUCUUUUCGAUAAAAGAAGCAACGCAAAUGUUUUGAUUCCUUACAUCAAAUUAACAUGUGAAUAUGUUAACAAUAUCUACGUGCUCUCUUACAUGGGGUACCUUUAUAAAUGCGCCAUCACGAGGAAAGAUUUUUCCAACGGGUCGAAUUUUAAUUCAGAGAAAGUCGUGGUAUUAAUGUCAACUUUGCACACACUUAUACGUAGGGAUCAUAAUGUUUUGGAAUCGGAUAAAUGUAGUGACAAUCCCCCCCUUAAUGUAUUACCAAGUGGAAUAACAUUUCAUCAAAAUAACGAACGAUUUUUGAUCUCCCUGCGGCAAAUUAAUCCAAAUGUGUAUGAACAUGUUCAGGCAAAUUUACUCAACUUAAAUUUAAAGGAAAUAAAAAAAUUGGAUGAGUUUCUUUUCCAUUAUGUAUACAAAUAUAUGGUGAAUGAUACUUUCGAAUAUUUGGAAAAUAUAGUACCUUAUAUGAAUAACGAACCGUUAGUCAAUCAUCUUCUUUGGCUCUUUGUACAGAUAAAUAAUUACUACAGUGUGCAUUCCAACGGAGGAGGAGGAGCUCCAAGGGAAGACAAAAUUGCUACUUUAUUUUUCCAAAAAAUAUGCAUUUUGAAUUUUUUAAAAACAUACCAAGAUAAAAGUGAUAAUUGUUAUGAAACAGUGAAGAAUAUUUUAACCUACGUUCGUCUAGAAAAGGAUGCUGAGAAGGCCCUUUCAAAUUAUGUUUUAAAUUUAUAUUUUAAAAAGUACACUGGUCCACUUGGUAAUGAAGACAUGUUUGUAUAUAUUACGGACAUGCUCCAAAAAUUGUCCAACUGUAAUUGCAUCUUAACGUAUCAGAAUGAUGGUACUUUCCUUAUAUGCUCAAAUAAGACUGAUCAAUUAAGCAAAGCACUUUUUAGGAGCCAAAUUAUGCACAUAAUAAAUACGCUUGUGCAAAAUAACUCCUGCGCUCAUUUGAUUAACUUGCUCUUUUUGGUUAAUACCGGGGUUAGCUUCGGUACUCUCUUUGGCGGAAUUAGGAACCAUCUUUAUUCCUACGCAUUUUAG